AUGGCAGAUAUCUCCUCCAGUCCUAUCACUCCUGUCACGGUCGCUGGCCAUGACGGCCGCUCACCUCUACCCAGCAUCCUGAAACCACCAGCGUACGCGACGGUCGACGACGACCUUGAAUUUGCGAUGCCACGCCCAUCACGCGCCGUCUCAUUCAGUGAACGCGCCAAACGCUCCAUGUCACCCCCAGCCCGCCGACCAAGCCUGUAUGAUCUUGUGCGGCCACCAACCCCAAUUCCUCAGGAUAUACGCAGCCCACAACAACAGCAACCACGGGCGCCCCGCUCAGUCCGCGCAUUGCCUCCACUCGGUGAGGCCGCCGUGCUCAUCGUCGAGAGCAUCGCCUUGGGUGUCGUCGUCUUCGCCGCCCACUACAACCUCGCUUGGACCUGCCAGAGCCCGUGGUUCGUACUGCCCGUCGUCUUCCUCGGCACUCACGCCUGUGUACUGUCUCUGACUUUUGUCCUGUGCAUGUUCGAGUUCUCUGCACAGAGCCCGCCGGAGCCAUUCUAUGCGCGGCCGGCAUGGGUGGACGUUGUAGAUGUCCUUGUCCCGGUGGUGGCGGCCAUCCUAGGCACCGUUGUCUUCUACGCCAUGGCCGUGCAGGAGCAAUGUGUUUGGAGUCAAUGA